CCCUAUGUGCCGAUUCGUCUCCACGAGGAGGGUGGGGGGAAAAUCGUGGCGAAUUUGCGGGGCGGAAGGAGGAGCUGAGGCUGCCGGUUCCCCCACGUGUUGAGAGGCGCCGGGCGCAGAGCGGAAGCAUAUUAUUGCAUUUGAAGGAGAUGCAGAGUUCAGCAGGACCAAAAAAUAGUCUGUCUGAAGAAUGUGGCUGAUUGCAGACCAAUAGAAUAUGGCUGGGCAAAUAUCAGAAUCUGAUCAGAUCAAACAGUUCAAGGAGUUUCUUGGGACGUACAAUAAACUUACAGAAACCUGUUUCCUGGAUUGUGUGAAAGAUUUCACUAGCAGGGAGGUUAAAUCAGAAGAGAUGACGUGCUCAGAACACUGCUUACAGAAAUAUUUAAAAAUGACGCAGAGGAUAUCCAUGAGAUUUCAGGAGUAUCAUAUUCAGCAGAACGAAGCUCUAGCUGCCAAAGCAGGACUUCUUGGGCAACCUCGUUAAACAAAAGAGAAUUCUAUUCCAACCUUGCUUUAAAGCAAUGCCAAUGUUUGUUGGAUUGCAAGUGGAGGUGUUCUGUUGUGGGUGUGUCCACCAGCUCACAACAGAGUUUCAGAGACCGUUUGGCACACGGAAACCAUUGGGGAAACAAUUAUGGGCUAUACCAGGAGUUGGUAAUGGCCAGCUGGCGAACAGAGCCUAUUUCUGAGGUCCUUUUUUACUGUGCAAUGGAAUAAUGUUGAUACAACCAUUUCUAGAGGCCUGCAGACUGGUUAUGCUGGUCACUACAUUGGGGGCAGGGGAGGGAGAGGACCAUUUUUUUUCUUUCUUCCACUACGACUAUUAAUUUUAAUGCAAAAAGUGCUGUACAGAAAUAUAUACAAAAAUGUCUUCAAAAUGUUUUUAUUUAAUCAAAGUACAAUAAAUGGGAACUGUUCAGUU